CAGAAAUAAAAGGCCGAUCAUUUCUCAGACUGCAGACUGCCCUUUUUUUUCAUUAAGCUGGAAAAAAAAAAUUGUUUGUCAAGAAAUUUUUGUUUUUAUCCCCUUGAAAACAGAAAGUAUGGACAAAGAGAGUGUUCCUGGCGAUGGCAAUGUUGACACUUCCGAGUUGAUUGUGUCUAUUCAAAGCCUACAGUCAAAAUGCAUAGCUAUUCUUGAGCAGUGCAAGCAAUGGAACGAUAAGAAACCUAUAGAAGGCUUACAUAGAUACACCAAUUCCCUUACCUCAGAAUUGCAUUUCCUUGAGAAACUGCUCAAUAAACCCGAACAAAUCAAGAAAGAAUACGUACAAAGCACGAACCUUGGUUAUCUAGAAGCGGUGUAUGAAGCUUUGGCAAGUGUUGGCGAAAGGCGUGAGGAAGUCAUGCGCUUAGUGAGUACACCUUCAAAAAACGAUAGUAUUUGGAAGUCUCGGGCUGCGAUGAUCAAAGAAAGCAGUAUUAAAGUGGAUAUUGUGGCAGAGCAUGGCUUGGUCUGGAUUAAAGUCAUUGCCAGAAAUGCAAAAGCGUUUCGACACGAAGUGAUGGGCCUGGAAUGGGAUGCGGCAUCGUUCGAAGAGGAGGAAGACGAUGACACGGACGAUGAAGAGGAAAACAGUCGACAGGCACCUUUGCUAGGAACAGCCACAGCCCAUUUUGAGAGUUUACCCAUCUUUAAGAAAGCACAAAAGUAUUUAGACACGGCGAAAGCCCAUCAUGUACAAUUCCACACACCGAUUGUUGUAUUUGCAUUUAUGCGUAUCUAUCCUGAGGAAGACGUGUUUGUACAAAAGAUAAUGGAUCACUUGUCCGAGAUGGGUGUCGUCGUUUACAUGGCGCCACCGCCAACCACCACCACCACCACCACCACCACCACGACGGCAACCCAUUCAUUACGAUCGUCGUACACACCCUUACUCAGCCAUUAUGUCGAUAUCGAUCAUCUGACGACUCCUUCCAUCAACGUUGACGUAAGUUCUGCUUUAGCUAUUUUAUCAGAAUUGUCACACCACGUUUGUCCGCCCGAAGAAGUGUCUGCUCUACCGUUAAAAAUCCAAGCCGAACGCGAGGCCAAACGAGCCGUGCUUCCUCAAAUACUACCCUACAUCAAAGACAAGAAACUUUUCAUAAUUCGCAGUGCCUAUGAACGAUUAAAGUCGAUUGUGGAUGUGGUAGGAGGACCCAACGAAAAAAGGAGAUUCUGUUAUCUGUUUAGAAACGUGUUACAGGACAAAGCAGAGUCAUCGUUUGAUCCUGAACUGUGGACGUGCUUACCCUCAUUAAGUAUUGAUCUUUUAGAGGACGCCUCCUCUGUCUUUUUUGAAAAGCUUCUUGAUCCGCCGCCUCCAUCAGCCAAGGGCCAGCCACCCGCCUCCAGACUGAAUAACGGAAGAAAGAUCAGGACGCGAUUUUCUGACUUUCAUGCCAAAAUCUUUGGCAGCGGUCAUCAUUACAAAAUGACAACGUUGACGGCAAUACAAUGGAUGGAGACAGCCCUUGAGGAUGCAGGUCUGCAAGGCGCCUUGUUGGUGACGCAUGAGCCUCGAUCCUUGGCAGAAAGGAAAAUGACAGGUCGAAAACGACACGAUGCCUGAGUGCGCUCACCUUGAGAAUGCUUCAAAGGGUAGGAAACGUAGGAACGGCAUUUCUGAAAGCUGAAAGCCAAUUCCAUGAGAAACGAUGACAAUAAAAAAUAAAAGCAGCCAACUUUGCGUAUCGGGCCUCACUACUGAUCCGGCCACUUGAAGGGACAGUCUCUCCUUGGGAACGUGUGUGUGUAUUGUAAAUAAACUAGAUGUCCUCGAUGUCGUCAUGAUAGAAAAAGCUCGAGUUUUUUUUUUUUAUUU